AUGUUACGGGCUAUUCUUAUUUGCGAUAUUAUAAGAACCUUUGAAAAUGUCUCUCCUAGAACUCUGAUCUACUUUUUUCCAAUUCUGUUUGUCUCCUGCCAUAACAACCACUUUCGAGACCCCAAAUGUGUGUUCAAUUACACUGAAGUCACCUCGAAAACUAUAAAGUUCUUCCCGAAAUGUGUUACGGUAUACGGUAUUCUGGUGAUAAAUGAGAAGACUGAUUUGACGGUGUCGCAGUUGAAUGUGACGUUUAGUACUAUGACGACACUGAUUGGAGGGAUUAGGAUUGAGAAUACAAAUUUAACGGAUCUCAUUUUUUUAACAGUGGAUAAGCAAGAUGACUUUUUCAGUCUUUAUUGUGGAAAAUAUGGAAUCUUUAUCGAGAACAACAAGUACCUAACCAACGCUAGAAUACUGUGGCGAUUGUAUUAUUACGGCGAUGAAUCUGGUGCUGAGUGCACUUUCCAAGUGAUGAAUAACCCACAGUUGGAUGCUGAAAAUCUUUGUGAUUACGGUUAUAUGCCUUUGUAUAUGGAUUUAAAGGUUAAGGGGAAUUUGAGAGAUUGUGGGUGCCAAGGCGAUGAAAUCACCGAGUCCACCGCAAGCUCCUAUAAAAAUUGCACGAAAUUACUAAGAGGAUUCCGGCUGGAUAACGUCAUAAUUAUAGAAAACUUGCCCAGUUUCUCAAAUGUAAAACUCAUCAGAGGAGGGAUUGACAUCAAGAACAGUGGUGUUCAUAAUUUGUCAUUUUUCGAAAGUCUCGAUACGGUGAAGGUCAAUAAUGAGGGAGGUGGGCAGAAGUUGAUAUUGAAUCUAGAGAAUAAUCCGUUGCUGGAGAGAUUUGCGAUGCCGAAUUUGAGGUCUGAUCUUACGAUAGAUAAAGUUGGAAGAGGUGGCCGAAUUCUGAUGGCCUAA